AUGUCCGACUUGGGAGAGCAGUUGACUACACGUCUGUUCACUCAGCCAUCUUCCCGGAAGUCCUCAUCUUCACAACGGGCGCUGCUCUCCUCUGCUCUCCUCCCUCCUCUCUCUCAGCUGCUGGACGACUCCUCGUCCUCCUGCAGGAGAAACGUCCACCGGGUGCUGAACCGCCUCGCCCGGCUGCCUGCUGGAAAGUUGGUGACAGAGACUCUUUGUCUUCAGCAGGACUCCUCAAAGAGGACACAGAGCAGAAACACUGACACCAUGUCUGAGCUGAGGGUUGUUCUGCUGGGGAACAGCUGGUCUGAGAAGAGUUCAGUGGGGAACUUCAUACUGGGAGACACUGUGUUCAACACUGAGGAAGAACCAGAUAGCUGUGUGACAGUCAGUGGACAGUUGAAGGAGAAAAAAAUAGUUCUCAUCAACACCCCAUAUCUGCUGAGUCCAAACAUCUUUGAAGAAAUACAUGUGUUUAAAAAAAAUCAAACUCUUGAUUUCUGUCACUUCUCGACCCUGAGGAUUGUGCUGGUGGGGAGAAGUGAAGACAAAAAGAUAAAACUUAGUAACUUCAUUAUUGGGAAAGAAGAAUUUCAUAGCCAAAAAAAUCCCUCUUGUGUGGCCGCCUGUGGAGAGUGGAGAGGAAAACCAUUGACUGUAGUAAAAACUUCAGAUAUAUUCAGUCAAUCUGAGCAGACAGUGAGAGAAGUGAGAAGAUGCAUGAAUCAGUGCCUCCCUGGACCAAAUGUCCUGCUGCUGUUAGUGAAUCCUUCUGAGUUCAAUGAAAAUGACAAAAAAAGACUGAAGUUCAUUCUGAGUUUGUUUGGUCGAGAUGCUUUUAAACACUCCAUGGUCAUCAUCACACACAAGGAGAAAGAAACAAGUUCCACUGUGAAUCAGCUGAUUGAAGACUGUGGAGGAAGAUACUACAACAUAUUGGAAGGUAACCACAAACGGUUAAUGGAGAAGAUUGAGGAGAUUGUUCAUCAAAACAGAGAAACCUUCCUCACCUUCACUGAAGAGACCAGAAGACCAAAGCCUUUAAACCUGGUUCUGUGUGGGAGGAGAGGAGCAGAGAAGACUUCAGCAGCCAAGGCCAUUUUAGGCCAGACAGAGCUUUAUUCAGUCUCCAGCUCAUCAGAGUGUGUUAAACAUCAGGGAGAGGUGUGUGGACGUUGGGUUUCUCUGGUGGAGCUGCCUGCCUUGUAUGGAAAACCUCAGGAGGCAGUGAUGGAGGAAUCACUCAGGUGUAUCUCCCUCUGUGAUGCUGAGGGUGUCCAUGCCUUCAUCCUGGUCCUACCUGUGGGUCCCCUCACUGAUGAAGACAAGAGAGAGUUAAAGACCAUCCGGAACACAUUCAGCUCUCGAGUCGAUGGCUUCACCAUGAUUCUGUUCACUGUGGAAUCAGAUCCUACAGCUCCAGCUGUUGUUGGCUUUGUAAAAGAAAACAGAGACAUCCAGGAGCUCUGUCAGAGCUGUGGAGGAAGAUCUGUUGUUCUCAACAUCAAGAACAAGCAGCAGAUCUCUGAGAUGUUGGAUACUGUAGAGAAGAUGAGACAGUCUGAAAAUAAACCAUGUUGUUAUACAACAGAGACCUUUGCUCAUGCUCAGAUGGGUAAAGUCAUAGCACAAGAGAAACAUAUCAACAUGCAACAAGCUGAACUUAAGAGGCUGAAAAAGAAGAUCACUGGUGAUGAUGAAGAACAGAGCUCAGAGUGUCUCAGGAUUGUUCUGAUAGGGAAGACUGGCAGUGGGAAGAGCUCUACAGGAAACACCAUUCUGGGAAGAGAAGAGUUUAAAGCCAAAUCAAGUCAAACAUCAGUCACCAAACAGUGUCAGAAAGCACAAAGUGAAGUGGACGGUCGUCGUGUCGUCGUGGUCGACACUCUUGGUCUGUUUGACUCCACUUUGUCUCAUGAAGAGGUUAAUGAGGAGAUGGUGAAAUGCAUCAGUCUUCUGGCUCCAGGACCACAUGUCUUCCUAUUGGUGUUACAGAUUGGCAGAUUCACACCAGAAGAGAAGGAGACAUUAAGACUUGUCAAGGAAGCCUUUGGAAAGGAUUCAGAAAAGUUCACCAUCAUUCUUUUAACAAGAGGAGAUGACCUGGAUGAGCAGUCCAUUGAAGAAUACAUUAAAGAUGCAUGUGAUGAUUCCUUUAAGAAGCUGGUUGCUGACUGUGGACGAAGAUACCAUGUGUUUAAUAAUAAAGAUAAACAAAACCACACACAAGUCAGUGAGCUGAUAAACAAGAUUGACUCCAUGGUGAAGAAAAAUGGCGGCAGCUGCUACACCAAUGAAAUGCUGCAGGAGGCCGAGGCAGCAAUAAAGAAGGAAAUGGAGAAGAUCCUGAAGGAGAAUAAAGAAGAGAGAGAGGAACUUGAAAGAAAGCAUGAAAAAGAAAUGGAGGCAACGAAAAGACGAAUAGAUGAACAGAGAGCAGAGAUUGAACGGGAGAGAGACCUGAGAGAAAAACAAUUUCAGGAAAAGGAGGAAAAGAUUCAGAAAGAACGAGAACAGAGAAAGAAAGAACAGGAAAGGAGAGAAGAAGAAGACAAGAAGAGGAGAGAACAGGAAGAAAUUCAGCAACAGGAGUGGGAACAGAAACUUGCAGCUUUAGGGAAAAAGAUAAAAUCAGAAUCAGAAGAAAAAGAAAAAAUUGAUAAAAAGCUGAUGGAGAGCAGAGAAGAGAUGAGAAAAGAACGAGAGGACUGGGAGAAGAAACAAAAAGAAAUGUGGGAGAAACGAAAGCAAGAAGAUGAACAGAGACGAGAGGAGGAACAGAGAAGAAUAAAAAAGCUCCAAGAAGAACAUAACAAGGAAAAAGAAGAAUAUGAAAAGAAAAGAAAAGAAGAAGAUCAAAUCAGAGGAAAACAAGAGGAGAAAGAGAGAAAAGAAUUAAAAGAAAACCAUAAUAAAGAACUGGAGAAUGUAAAGAAAACAAAUGAAGAGGCGGCCAGAAAGAAAGCUGAAGAGUUCAAUGAAUUCAAAGAGAAACACAGGAAGGAAUUUGAAGCUCAGAAGAAAGAACUGAAAGACAAAGAUGAGAAGUAUGAUCUGUUACAGGCACUAAAAGCCAACAAUGAAAAACAGAAGAGGGAAGAAUAUCAAAGACAAAUCAGUGACUUGGUGAAAAGUCUGACCAAAAAGAGAAAUAAUCUGAAUAAAAUCCCUGAGAUGUAUCAGCCAGCCUGA